GUUUAUGUGUCAUACGACGGAGUAAUAUGGAUAUUAUCGACGAAGAGUGUCGUGACUCUAAGAAACAACAUCAGACCGGGUAUUUCCGAGAUGGCCAGCGGCGUAUUGACAUGGUGCUGGUCUGCAAGGACAUCCCGGUGGAAGCUGCUGAACAGAUCAAGAUGGACUAUCUCAUAAAUGCCAUGAGUGCGGGCCUGCAUCUAGAGAUUGAGACCGGAAUGAAAGAACAAUUUAGGCAUUUGAUGUUCAUCAAAGUCCACACCCCGGACUACCUGAUCCGACAUUUUGGUUACUAUUACAAUAUGAGGAAAUAUUUCAAGGAGAGUCACUUACAUUAUGCCAAGUCUAAUGUGAAGGAUGAAACCUACCUCGUCAAAGUUUUGAGACAAUCUUACCCGGGUCCCUUGAACUAUUCAACAAUGGAAAGAAGUCUCAUUACUUACAAAAUACUUCAAGCUGUCACUUUUGGAGAACCAGGAAACUAUGUUGGCUUGCAGAGGUUGCUGGAUCGUAAUAUUAUCAUAGACGCAUUCCCCUUGCACGAGGGGCCGUUUUUUUUAUCGAAACAUCAAAAAACCUCUGAAGCGCACGGGCGACAGGCCUUGUUCUACCACUGGGUUGGGUACAGGAACUUAUUCCGUUGGCAGCCGAUACACCUGAUCAGAGAGUACCUUGGCGAAAGGGUAACUUUAUUAUUUUAACACAGAGAUAUUAAGGAGUGUUUUUCAG